UUUUAAACUUAUCUAUGGUUUUGAAAAAGGUUAGGUUAUGUUUUGUGGAAACGCCAAAAUUUAAUUUCAGAAUGCAAAUUUUAUCUUUUUAAGAGAAAUAUUUUGAAUUUUGUGGAAUGGAAUCGACAGUACGAACAUUUGCUAUCCCUAACGAGUUGUGUAGAAGAGCCGGUAUUGCAGCUACAUGGCAUUCAAUAAAUAAUUUAGGUAUAUUUCCUUCUCAAAGUGUAAAUCCUAGUAUCCCAGACAGACCAAGCCCAUAUGGACCUAGUGAAGCCUCGGUAUUUAAUGUUCGUCAAGACAUAUUACUAUUUGAGCCUAUUCUAAGGAAACUUGUGAACGAAUCCAAUGGAAUUUUCUUAAAUUUACAAAUUCUUACAUCUGGUAAUGUUGCGAACUUAAAACAGGAACUAUUAAAAGUCAGUCAUCAGUAUAGGUCAGUAAUACGUGCAUGCUUGGAAAAUUUACAAGAUGAAGUAGCAAGGGUUGAUGAACAUACAAGUGAAAAUAUGAAAAAUUAUAUUACUAUAUUCUACUCUAUUGAAUGUAUAUGGCAUCUUUGUGAAAUCUUAUUUAUAGAAAAUAUACCUGGUAGUAUAGUUCUCCCACACCUUUUGGAAUGGGUCAGGUUUCAUUUUCCUAAAUAUGAAAGGCAAGCAACUAUUUAUUUAAACUCUGAUAUUGAUAAUAUUGAAUUGGAUCCUGAUUAUUGGAAAACAGUAAUUGGUUGUCUUCUUCAAGGGCGAGUGGAAGUUGUUAGGGCUCUUUUGACACUGCAUUCAUCAGCAAACAGUCCAGUGUUUAAACUGUUUGACCAAACAUUAAAGUCGAUGCCCAUUUACAAUGUUUAUAGUGGUACUUCUGUGACAGAGUUUAAUUUACGAUGGAAGCAUUGGUUGGUAGACACACAGUCGAAGAUAGAUGCUAAAUCAUUUGUCUCAGAAAGUCAUUUAAACCUUAUGAUGAAGCUUGCAGUUGGUGAAGAACUGGCUUGGAAUCAGGUACAAGCUCAGUGUGAGGCUUGGUACGAAUUAUUAGCCUCCUGGCUGUUUUUUACUGAGCCAACUGUUAAAACUUUUGAGCUAGGUCAGUUUGCUAGACGAUGCAUUGGUCGUAUGGGCGUUAGAGAUCACCUAAGACAUCUAGACCAAAUUCUUUUGGCAGCAUUAGAAGCUGAUAUAUUUCAGGUGAUAAAAGAAAUUCAGCACAUGUCUGAAAAUGGGUGGUUUGUGAGCCAUUUAACUGACUUGUUAUUUCAUGCAGGAGUUUUGGAUACUUUAGAUGGGACCAAUGAGGACUUGGUGGCUGGACGACUUCGCGAGUCUUUCUUAAUUGAUUAUGGGGUUCUAAUGAGUAGCCACCAUUCCUUGUGGCAAUUGGGCUUAAGUUAUUUGGAUCAUUGUCCCUCAGAUGGUCUACAUGUUAUUCAAUUACUGCUGCAAAAGUUGCCUUUAGGAACUGAAGUUCGAGUGCAAAAGAUUGUUCGAGAGGCACUUAAAAGAGACCUCCAUCCUGUGGCACAAAGUGUAUGUAAAGUACAAGGAAUCAAUUGUUUAAGAAGAGGUAAAAUGGGAAAUGCUUUGAGUUGGGCUUUGAAGUCUCAAGAUGGAUAUUUUACUUCAUAUUUAGCAGAUCGAUUUUUACGUAAAUAUACCACAGAAGGUAAACUGUUAUGUCCUGAUCUUUUGGAAAAUUUGGGAUCAGCGAUGUUGUCUUGUGACAGACUAACAUUUCUAAGCAAAUAUUUUGAAUUUCAUAAAGUUUAUGCCUUAAAAGAUUUCAAAGAAGCUGCGAAUAUUAUUAUAUCUCUUAUGUCUUCAAAACUUACCCCAAAGUACUUUUGGAUUACACUGUUGACAGACGCCUUACCUUUACUAGAAUCAGACGAAAUCGUCUUCUCAUCUAACGAUACAUUUAUGUUGCUUCACUGUUUAGAAGAAAAAUCAAAAUUGCCCGAAUUACAAGAUAAAAUAAGUUUAAUUCGAAUUGCUGCUGCACGAAAUUUGGCCAGAGCCCUAACAACCGAAGCCCAAGCAGCCUGAGAACGUUCGAAAAUUAAUAGUAAGUUUUUUUUACUGUGCUUUUUAUAAGUGUGAAUUAAAAAUUUUUUUUUUUGAGAA